AGAUGGAGAAGACAAACUGGGUCUCCGGCCAUUGGAUUCCCGGCCCGAACUACCCAUGGUAUCCAUGCCCGUGAAGUGGUGGCACUGACCGAACGUCAGAAACCGAGAUUGGGGCAGAUCGGGACGCAGAGGCCGCAUCCCCCAACCACUGAGAGUCCCAGCAUCAUGCAUGAGGGUACUGCCUGCCGGCUGCCCAGGGAAGUCCGGGCGCGACCUUAGCCUGGGCUUCAGAUCCCAACCCCGCGCUCUAAGGGCUGAAGUCGCCCUAUGCCAGGGGUGUCGCCCCAAGUGCAGAGCUUGGGCUGCUCUGGAGCCUAGGGCUCUUUUGGUUAGGGAACCUUCGAGAAGCACGCGUUGGAAGCUGUGUGGACCACCCCCUUAGGGAGCCACGGAAGACGUGCGGAGGGCCAGGAGCCCAGGGCCCGAGCAGCUUCAGAGAACUGACUGAUAUUCCAGUGUAGUCAGUGAGCUUGCAAAUUCUAAAUCAUGGAGACCAAUCAGGAAGUGUCUCUCUUUUUGGUGAAGAUCUUAGAAGAACUGGACAGUAAGCAAAAUACUGUUUCCUAUCAAGACCUGUGCAAGUCACUAUGUGCUCAGUUUGAUCUGUCGCAGCUUGCCAAACUGAGAAGCGUGCUUUUCUACACAGCGUGUCUCGACCCCAACUUUCCAGCCACCUUAUUCAAAGACAAGAUGAAAUGCUCUGUAAACAAUCAGCAGUCAAAGAAGAUCAUGGUGGCAGCAGAUAUCGUGACAAUCUUCAACCUGAUCCAAAUGAAUGGCGGCACCGCCAAGGAGAAGCUACCCACAAGUUGCCCCAAGGUACGCAAGAAGGAGGCAUCCUUUGAAUCUUGCAGGUCAGACACCGAGGUGUGCAAUCCAACAGUCUGUGAGCCUAUGAACUGUGAGCUAGGUGAGAGGCCCUUCAGCCGAGGCUACCCCACCAGGCAAUCGUCCAAAUGCCGGAAGAGGGACUGUAAGGAAUGUCCACAGUUUGUCCCUGCCUCUGAGCCCAACUUCCUCUUGGGUGUCAGCAAAGAGGUGAAAAACCGGGCAGCAUCUCUGGACAGGCUACAAGCCCUCUCCCCGUAUUCUGUGGCCAGCCCCCAGCCCUGUGAGAUGCAGAGGACCUAUUUCCCCAUGAAUAUCGAGAAUGAAUCCAUUUCAGAUCAGGACUCACUGUCCAUCAGCCAAGGUAUCAAGGAGACCUUCAUCUCCAGUGAGGAACCAUUUGUGGUUCAGUCUUGUGUUCAGAAAAGGAACAUCUUCAAAGAAGAAUUCCACAAUCUCAUGACUGUAUCCCCCAGUUUUGUGGGUCCCACUAACAAAGCUGAGGGGGACCGUGGGGAGACCCAGAGUCAGAAGGAGCUCCACAAGCCACCGUUCUUUAACCACAGCUUUGAGAUGCCUUACCACAACCAGUACCUGAAUCCAGUGUACUCCCCAAUUCCUGACAAAAGGCGGGCAAAGCACGAAAGCUUAGAUGACCUUCAAGCCUCUACCUAUUUUGGACCCACCCCAGUAAUGGGAACACAAGAUGCUAGGCGCUGUCCAGGAAGGUCCAGUAAACAGACUCCAUGGCCCGCCAAAAGCUGGAGCCUAAACACGGAGGAAGUGCCUGACUUUGAACGGUCUUUUUUCAAUAGAAAUCCCUCUGAGGAGAAGCUACGCUAUCCAAAUUCUGGCAGCCAGACCCCCAACUUCUCAGGCCCAGAUAGGCAUCCAACUUACCUGGUGCCAAAGGAUCAACAGAAAGUUCUCCCUGCUGGCUAUGCAGUGAAACCGAAUGGACUCAAAUCUAAAGAGAUCUCAUCCCCUGUUGACCUGGAGAAGCACGAAGCAGCCAAAAAGUUUAAAGAAAAGAGCAUCAGCUGCACCAGUGGGCAGCACAGCUCAGACACCAGCAGUGUGGGUACCCAGACAGAGCAGCAUGUGCUGGAGGCCCCAAAAUGUAAGGACUUGUGUACUCUGGGCCAGGCCAAAUACAGUGACAGACAUGCCAUGAAGCACUCGGAUGACGACUCGGAAAUUGUCAGCGACGACAUCAGUGACAUUUUCCGGUUUCUUGAUGACAUGAGCAUCAAUGGCUCCACAGGAGUGAUACAGUCAUCCUGCUACAAUAGCACCGGCUCCUUGUCUCAGCUUCACAAGUCAGACUGUGACAGCUCCCCAGAGCAUAACCUCGCCAAAAUCACCAAUGGAGCCUCCAGCAGCAAGGGAGACAAGUGUAACCGGCCUGAAAAUGUCCACCAUUCUGAAGAAGAGUUGAAGACCAGCGUUUGCAAACUGGUUCUCAGGAUCGGUGAGAUCGAGCGGAAGCUGGAAUCGCUGUCAGGGGUCCGUGAGGAAAUCUCCCAGGUCCUUGGAAAGCUCAAUAAACUGGAUCAGAAAAUACAGCAGCCGGAGAAAGUGAACGUGCAGAUUGACUUGAAUUCCUUGACCAGCGAGGCACCCUCUGAUGACAGUGUCUCUCCGAGGGUCUUCCGUGCACACAGUGGCUCCCAUGGGCCCAAACUGGAGAACAGCCCCGACUGGUGCUGCUCCGACGCCAGCGGAAGCAACAGUGAAAGCCUGCGAGUCAAGGCCUUAAAGAAAAGCCUCUUUACCAGGCCAUCUUCCAGGUCCCUGACUGAGGAGAACAGUGCCACAGAGUCCAAAAUUGCCAGCAUCUCCAACUCUCCCAGAGACUGGCGAACCAUCACUUAUACCAACCGCAUGAGCCUCAACGAAGAGGAGAUCAAAGAUGCGGGCCCGAGCGAUAACAAAGACUGGCAUCGGAAAUCUAAGGAGGCAGACCGGCAGUAUGACAUUCCCCCACAGCACCGACUGCCCAAGCAACCCAAAGAUGGCUUCCUGGUAGAGCAAGUAUUCAGUCCACAUCCUUAUCCCACCUCCCUCAAGGCCCACAUGAAGAGCAACCCCCUGUACACAGACAUGCGGCUGACUGAGCUGGCUGAGGUUAAGCGGGGCCAGCCUUCUUGGACCAUAGAGGAGUAUUCUCGGAACUCUGGUGACAAGGGCAAGUUGACAGCCCUGGACCUGCAGACUCAAGAAUCUUUAAACCCAAACAACUUAGAAUACUGGAUGGAAGAUAUUUAUACUCCAGGCUAUGAUUCAUUGCUAAAACGAAAAGAAGCUGAAUUCCGACGAGCCAAGGUCUGCAAGAUUGCUGCUCUCAUCACUGCGGCUGCAUGCACGGUCAUUCUUGUCAUUGUUGUGCCCAUCUGCACGAUGAAGUCCUGAACCUGUGGACCCAACAUUACAUGCAGCUCACAGCUUCCACUGUUUUCUUCUGAAUUUCUAAAGCUCACCUCAGUGUGGAUGUUUGUUGAAAUAGAGAAAAAAAAAAUCUCAGAUGCUUUUCUACAGGGCUGAAGGUUUUCUUCAGAGAGUAUAUCCUCUAGAAAAAAGUCUACCUAGCUGUUAAGCUUAACUGUAGUUAGACUCUGAUAUAUUUUCAAAAGUACAGUACCUUUUUCCACAUAAUGAAGGCCAUGAAUUAUCCGUAAAAAAAAUUGAAUAUUCCAAGCAAAGGAAAAAAAAGGAAGACUAAUUAAUUGUCUUCUUUCAUUUUGAUGAUGAUUCAUAGUGGGCAUUAAGUUAUGCAGAACAGAUCCAAUAUUUGCUCUUUGGAGGAACUGAUGGUGUCACAAAGAUGAAAAGGCAACAGGGGUGGGAUCAGUUUCUUUAACAGUCUAAGACUGUUGCUGGUGAAAUAACUGGAUGUGUCCACCAAAAAUGUGGCUUCUAUUCAGUUAUCAAGGGUUACUGACUUCCUCCUUGCCCUUCUGCCAUUGCCAGUGUAGAACUUCUGAAUUCCUGCACUUCUUCAUAGUGAUAUUCUGAACCCUCUUCUUGGGCCCAGGUAGUAAGGAGCCGUACAUCCACACCGAGCAUGAUAUACAGUGUUCUUUUUUUUUUUGCAGAAUGAGUAGGCCAAUAUCUAUUGUCCCCAUCAUGAUGGGAGGCUUUCCUGCUGGGGUAUGUUCAACAUCUGACGGUCACUGACAGCCCAAAGGAUGUUCUGUUCUUGCUCUGGCAUGUGGCUCUGUUCCUUGAUUUUCAAACUCUUGGUGGUACCCGACACUCUACUUUGAAGAGUUUGGAACUUGUCCUUGUGCCUUGAAGAGCAGAGACAAUGGUGACACUUUGACAUUCUAACGUUAAACCAUGGUUUCCGUCCAUCACUGGUACCAACCAUUUUCAAUGACUUUUAAAAGAAUGUUUAUUUGAUAAUCUGAUAAAGGCACUAAGGUCUCCUCAACUACAACAUCUGCUCCAGAGUUUUGAAUAUUUGUCAGCAGCGCAAAAAAUAGAAUCUAUUUAAUCAUCUAUCUAUCUAUCUAUCUAUCUAUCUAUCUAUCUAUCAUCUAUCUACAUGUCUAAGUAUCUGAUUUUUGUUUGUUGUCUUCUCUGCUAAGUAAAUUGAGAGCAAGACUUUUCCAAGUGUACAAGAAGCUGUUGCAAUUUUAUUAGAAUUUGAUCUCUGUUUCCUCCUGAUUGGUGCUUUGACAAUAAUUGGCAAAAAGACUCCUUAUCAACAUCUAUGUCUAAUGUCUUACAACAAACUAAAGAAAAAUGAUUGACAGAGUCUAGAAACCUUAAAUUGAUUUGAUAACAAACUGGCAUACACACAUUGUGGUGGUAAGUAUAAUCACUUUGGAAAGUAUGUACACUUUCUGCAAGGGGAAUCUGAGACACCUUCUAAUUUCUAAAGCAAGAGGAGUCCAGCAUCCAUUCUAAAUAAUUCCAAACAAUGCUGAGCUUGCUGCACUGGAUCCUGUUGUCACUAGUGAAGAGUAGACAAUGCACUUUAGGAUGCUAACAGAUGACAACAGAGGUCUUCAUGAUAUCUAUUUCUAUUGAUAUGUUAUGUUUACUAGUGGAUCUUCAAUGAGGUGAAUGAAACUUAAGCCUUAGAAUGAAAUAGGACUCGACAAUGAAAAUGAAUACAUACACACACAUACAUACAUACAUACAUAUAUGCAUGCAUAAAUACAUGUCUGUUGUCAGAAUUUUAGUCUUUUGGUGCUCUGUUUUGGAUUGGGCACUUCAGAUAAGAUUGUCUCUUUCACUCCAAAGAGGAUAUACUAGAUUACAUCCUUUGGAGUCCCUUUUCCACCUCCUUAUUGUGAACAAUGACUCUGUACCACAUUCUGAUGUCACCAUUCUGCCCCACAACACAAACUAAACUGUCAGAGAGUCAGUGAUAGCAGCUUCAGCCUUCAACUUCUUGAUCUGUGACUUUAGAACAGCAGAGAUGUACUCUCCUAGAUAAUAAAAAUUUUGUUGAACUUGGCAUUAGCACACACCUUUAUUCCCAACACUUGGGAGGCAAAGGCAUGUGGGUCUCUGUGAGUUCAAGGCCAGCCUGGUCUACAGAGUGAGUUCCAGUAUGACAGUCUCCAAAACUACACAGAGAAACCCUGCCUCAAUUUUUUUUAUGUUAAAUCCCAACCCAACUCCUCCAUUUGACAGGUGGGAUUAUGAAGGCCAGAUAUUACUCCCUCUAUAAAACCACUGAUAUAAUGAAGCCAGUCACACUUCAUCCACUGACAGUGCACUAGGACAAAUCUAUUUCUAAUGGGCCCUAUGUGGAUCAUGUACCUAGCUACCUAGGGAGGGCAUGACUAUAAACAUAAUUCAAGCAUAGAGGUGAAAGAACUCUAUAGAAUUUUCUAAUACCUUUUUCAUUUCUGGGGAGGUAACCAAAGAAAUCCAAUCUUGUUCUAAGUCCAGUAUAAGUCCAACUCAAUGUUGUCACAUAAUGAAAGCAUCUAGACCUGAUAAUAAACCAGGAGUCAGAUCAUGAAGGGGAAAGUAAGGAAGGAGGUUUUCUCUGGAAAGUGGCCAUUCUCAGGCAGAUAGUACUGAGGCUGCUGUUGAAGGACCACACCUUUGCCAUAUCUAUGAGUUCAUGAAUGCCUGGAGUCUUAGAAUUCAUAAAAGAUUAUGUUUAUAGUUAUAUCUCUUUCUCUUUGACCCCAAAUGUGCUUUUCUUAGAUCCCAGACUCACCCUAGCUCCCCCAACCACUCAAUUUUCAUAAUGAAGUAAGAUAGAUUACUUGACAGAAAAGUAUGCAUCCCCUUUGUAUAAUAUAUUCCCCUCCUCUCCUGUUGCAAUGUCCCCUCCCAAAGUGAAGGUGACUGACUGACCUUCUGUACUGAGUGUCAUAAUUUCGCUCUAUAUUUUUUUAUAGAAAGUACAUAUUUUGUACCCAAAGCUUAAGUCACUUCAUGUUACAAAUUCAUUUCAUUUUUGUUGUUUUUUUCUUUAGAUUUUUUAUUUAUAACAUUAAUCACAUAACUUUACCAUUGAAGGGAUUAUUUUGCAAUCAAAUGUCUCUAUACAGUGAUGGAAUUUAGAAUAAUUUCAUCCUUUUUACUAGUCUGAAUUUGUUUUGAACAUAGCCUUGCAGAAAAGCAAUCACUAUCAAAAGAACUUUUCAACUCUCUGCUAUCAGGCAUUUUAUUCUAGCAUUUCCUUGUUUAAACUACUGAUAAAAUGAAGCCAAUCACACAUCAUCUGCUGUCAGCUAAUCAUAAAUUACAUGUUACUUUAGGGCAUGCAGCCAUGUGAAUAAUACAUUGCAAGGCUAGCUUAAUAGAUAUGAUAAAAACAAUCAGUGUUCUGAAUAUCUGUACUAUUGUUGCCAUUGUCUUAAUUCCUUGUGACACUUUAUUUGUUUAUAUUAUUGCACAAAACCCCUCUGCUAAUGGUUUAAUGGUAUGAAAAUUUAUAAAUGUUGGAAUUCAACAUGCUUCCUAUUAUUAAUAUAACCAACCUACAAGAAUAUUGUGAUCAAUUGUGUGAAUACCAAACAUUAUAUACUGUAUAUUGUACUACAGAAAUUUGUAUUUUAAGGUAAAGAUUUGAGUAACUGUUGGUAUAACUGAAGAGUAUGAGAUAUUUAUUAAGUAAUAGUGAGAAAUGCAACAACCUUCCUUAUUUAUGCCUUAUGAACAACAGAGUGUGAAAUGUAAGGCACAGUUUUAUGUGAAGCCCCUAAAGAGAUGGGUUUCCUUGAAGGCAGGGAUGGUGUCUUUCUAUGUUUGUUCUGUACAGCUCUCAGCACACUCUUGGUGCUUGAUAAAUGUUAUAUAAUACCAAUAACUAAGCACAUUUUUAGAUCUUUUUUCAAAUGGCUCGUGUAAAAUUUGGUUAAUGUUGGUUUGAAGCUAUCAUGUAAAAUCUGCCU